AAGGUGCUCAAGCGCAUGGCUCUAAACCGCGCAGGGUGCGUAGACAUACGGGUGCGCACUUUAUCAAAACGACGGUGCACGUUUAGUGUGGAAAGCUAAAAUGAGCGGGGUGCGCAGGUAAACACUCCCCUCUCACUAUAUUAAACACCUAGCUAGUCACUCCUCACUAGCUAGGUGACUUCUCUAUCUCAGAAAAGCGCCUUCUCUCUCUCUCUCUCUGAAAGAAAAAAAUAGCCAUUGAAGCUUCUCUCUCUCUCUCUCUGUGCUUUUUUUUUUUUUCUCCCUCUGUAGAAAAAGCUGCAUUGUCGUUAAAAGUGGCAGCGACUGUAGCUCAAAGAUUUCAACUUUGAUACACUUAUUAGCUUCACACUUGUGUCAGCCAAAGCUUCAGAGCCAAUCCUCAAAUUUCAACGAGCUCUCCUGAACCCUCAGAUCGAGCUAGUGAGUGAACCAUCCUAUUCUGUUCAAUCCGAGCAUUUUCUCUGUGCAAAAUUCCGCACAGUUGAUCGGAAGAGUAAUCAAUUCUGGAAAAUUCGCAGUCUUUGGUGAAAGAUCCAUGUCGUCGGACAUUCGCUAGGGUUGAAAUCCAUACAGUUGUGCUCAAGUUUCAUCUUGAAGCCGUUGAAGAAUCGUUCUUUUCUGUCUAAUUUGCUUCGAUUUGAUUCUGUAGUUCCUUUUCCGAAGCUUCCGUACAAGUUCAUGGCUGAAUGCGACUGUAUGGGAGCCUCUGAUUCUGCAUUUGUAGGGUUCGCGAUUGCGAGUUUGUGAGGAUUGUUGAGCCAAGUCUCUGAAUUGGUGGGAGGAGUGGUGCGGUGGUAGUUGAUUACGUGUGUGUGUGAGGGGAUGGGAACGGAUCGUCUGCCAUUAGCGGCGGUGGGACCGCCGAUAAAGCGGCGAGCGGGGUUACGGAGAAAGCAGGCGGGUAGAGGAUCAUAUAGGGCAAGUUAGGGCACGAAAAUUCGCGCCAAAAAAAUUGAAAAUUUUGGGGACGCACUGGGGUUCCUUUGAAUUGCUUUGGUGUUGUUGUUUUAGAGCUGGUUUUAGGAAAAAGAAAAGAAAAAAAAAAAAAGCUUGGGAGUUUUGGAGGGGAAGGUGAGGGAUGAUGGGUACUGACUUGCACCAUGUGCUGAGAAGCCUCUGUUUCAAUACGGAGUGGAACUACGCCAUUUUCUGGAAACUGAAGCAUCGGGCUCGAAUUGCUUUAUGCAGGGUGCUGACUUGGGAAGACGCUUACUAUGACAACUGUGAGCAACAUGAUAAUUCAGGGAAUAGAUGCUUUAUUAAGACACUGGAGGCAUUGCAUGGCAGCCAUUAUCCACAUGAUCCCCUUGGACUAGCCGUGGCAAAAAUGUCGUAUCAUGUAUAUACUCUGGGAGAAGGGAUUGUCGGACAAGUGGCAGUUACUGGGAAGCAUCAGUGGAUCUUUGCAGACGAUAUUUUGAAGAAUAACUGUUCACCGUCUGAGUACUGUGAUGGAUGGCAAAGUCAAUUUUCAGCUGGCAUAAGGACUAUUGUCGUUGUAGCUGUUGUUCCGCAUGGAGUUGUACAGCUUGGUUCUUUAAAUAAAAUCACUGAAAAUGUGAAGCUGGUAUCUCAUAUCAAAGAUGUUUUUAUGGCUCAAGAUUUCCCAGCAGGGCAUAUCCAAUCUAGCAUAGACAGUUCAGUAUGUGAGGCAAUAUCUCCAAAAAAUUUGGUUUCAGGGACUUUUCCGGAUUGCUUGCAAAAUUUAGAUAAAGCCAUAAAUAGAGGAAAGUCAGAUGUUUGGUUGUCCGCUUUUCCCCAGUCUGAGAAAGACAGUGAUAGUUCUUACAUUUUUCCAUUGACUGGCAUUCUGAAGAAUGCAGUUGAAGUGGUCAAUAAGCAUGGAGAACUUGAGUCAUCCAACAUGGGAGGUGAUGAGAGUCCCAAACUACAUCAGUCAAAAUCAAGUAUCUUCAAGUUGGAAAAUUGCAAAUUAGUAGGAGUGGAAUUACCUGAUAGCAGGAAGUGUACAGGGGAGAGUAGUGGCUGCAAAGAUAUGGGGAUGUCUUCCACAAACAAUGCCAAUCCAUUAUCUCAUGCUAAUGAUUGUGCAGACUUAUCUUCAACGUUUGUCAACUCUGCUGUAAAUGACGGGGUUAAUUUGGACAGUAUAGAUCUUUACCAUAAUGAGGUGUUGCACGUAAGUGAACCCUUGGAUGUUAAGUUUCAGAGCAACCUUGAAAACUUGAAGUUUCCAACUGAACCAGGUCACGUGGAUACAUCUAGUACAUCUUUGAUGUUCCCUGCUGGCUGUGAGUUGCAUGAAGCACUUGGACCAGCUUUUAUGAAUAAGAGUAACUUUUUUGAUUGGGAAGCAGAGAAGAUUGGAGAUAGAAUUACUACUGAGAUGCCUGAGGGAAUGAACUCUAGCCAGUUGACGUCUGAUUCUUGCCCAGAGCAUCUUCUUGAAGCUGUAGUGGCUAAAGUUUGCCAUAGUGGCAGUCAUGUUAAAAGUGAAAAAUCAUUCUGUAAAUCAAUGCAGUCUCUGUUGACAACUGAAAAGUAUCCAGAGCCUUCUAGCCAUACUACACAUACGAUUGAUUCAGAAAAUUAUUCCAUUGAUCAGCCGUCUAUGAGAGGAGAGGACACACAGCAAUGUUUGAGCUCAUCAGGAAUAUGUGGGGUGAUAUCCCCAAAAUGGUUUUCGUCACCUUGUCCUAGUGCUUGUAGUGAACAGCAGGAGAGGUCUUCAGGACCAGUUAAAAACAACAAGAAGAGGGCUAGACCUGGUGAGACUUCUAGACCUAGGCCGAGGGACAGACAAUUAAUCCAGGAUCGUAUUAAGGAACUGCGGGAGCUAACACCAAAUGGAGCAAAGUGCAGUAUUGAUUCACUGCUGGAACGCACAAUCAAGCACAUGUUAUUUCUUCAAAGUAUCACUAAGCAUGCGGAUAAACUAAAUAAGUGUGCUGAUGCAAAGUUGUGUCCCAAGGAAACAAGCAUGCUAGGAUCUUCUAACUAUGAAAGGGGAUCGAGCUGGGCAGUGGAGGUGGGAGGCAAUCUAAAAGUCUGUUCAAUAGUGGUAGAGAAUCUGAACAAGAGUGGGCAGAUGGUUGUGGAGAUGAUGUGUGAAGAAUGCAGCCAUUUCCUUGAGAUCGCAGAAGCUAUAAGGAGCUUGGGUCUGACAAUCUUAAAAGGUGUAACUGAGGCCCGUGGUGACAAGACAUGGAUAUGUUUUAUAGUUGAGGGGCAGAACAACAGAAACAUACACAGGAUGGAUAUCUUGUGGUCCCUUGUUCAGAUACUGCAGCCCAAGAACCCUAUGCAACAACAGUUAUAGCCUUGUUUGGCUAGCCCUUCGAAUUGCCCUCUAGGUUCUUUUGUAAAUUACCGCAAAUCAUUUGUGAUCUGUGAUUGGUCUAUGUAUGUUUUUCCUGUUUCUGAUUGAACACCCCCUUAAAUUGAAAAGAAAAGUGAGAAAGCCCCUAUAGGAGGUAGAAUGUAAGACAACAUCAUUUACUUGGAGAUAUUUUCCCCCCCUUUACUUUUUUAGAGUGAAAGUGCCAUUUGUUGUUUUCCCUCA